AUGCUGUUCAGCAGGAUGCGCUGGCCGUUACUGCUCCCCUUCUUUCUUGUUGACUCGUUUGCUUUAUCUCAUAGUACGAGCUCAUGUGAUGUUGAACUCAUAUCAUCUGAGCUUCAUGAUGAUGAAAGCGACAUUGUGAGACCCCGAGCAGUAUGCCCGGUUGGUGAAAAUAAACAUGACAUUGCCCCGAGCACUCGAAUAAUAUCCAAUAGAAGGGUUGAUUGUCUGGAUGAGGGUGAAACAAUUUAUGCCCGGAACGAAGUUCAUGACGACCCUGGAAGGACUUCUUCGAUCCCCAGUGACAUAAAGGACAUAGAGUCCCUUGUGAAUUGGCAGACGAUCGACUUGUCUCUACUUUCGAAUUCCAAAAUAAACCAGCACUGGCGCAACCUGCAGAUUCUCAAGUCAAAGGUUGAUGAUCUACAACGACAAAUUGAAGAGGAAGAGCACGAAAUACUCAAUAUCCUUACCCAGGAGGAUCAAGGCAGCCAGCUGGCAUCCUUCACAGUUCUUCCCAGCAGCUAUCCACAGUAUGGCUCUACAUACUGGCUCGGGGUUUGCGCACUGGUUCUUCUCGUUGGCGCACUUUUUACUUUUGUAUCCAAAUUUCUUUUCGACAGCACAAAUUGCCUCCGUCGCCGAGUCGAUAGAGCCGCACGUCGGGAAGAAAGAAGAACCCGUCGUGCUUAUAGAAUCGCCGCACGGCAUCUGAAAUGGAGGAAGUGGUGGGAAGGGAGCUCUUUACAGUCCAUGCCAAAUCCAUCUACCGAUGACACUCUUGGAGAAGUCCAACAAGACCAACAAUCCGAGACUGGAUCGACUCUUCCAAUUGAACCGAAUGCUAUUCAGACUGAGAUAUCGGGCUUCAUACAAACUCUCAAUUAA